GGGCUGGCCGAGAACUGUCUUCAAACCAAUGAUCGGCAGAAGCUCAUGCGCUUUUACACUGAGAAUUCGGUUCAGAGCGGAACACACUGACAGCAUCAGCUCCUCUUUUCAUGUGUCUGCGUGCACACCGAUAGUGAGUGUCAGCUGAGAAACCACCUCAUUACAAUAACAUCUUUUAUUUCAUUUCCUCGGAGGAGACGUGUUUCAUCGCCGCAGACGCACGGCGCAUGGUCCUCUUAACCCGAGUCCACCUGUGUGUGAGUAAGUGGGAGAGAUUUGUUCAUUUCCAGGAACGGGGCUGUGCAAUUCCUCUUCCUCACCGGACAGAGAGGAGAAUCCGUCAACGUCAUUUAAACGGGAAUAACUGCUUCGAUUUUCUACGGAGUGACUAUGCGCUUCCUGAGCGGAUUGUAAGAGAGGAAAGUCGCCCGUUUGCUCCUGAUCCAAAGGGAAAGAUCAGGUCGUUCUGCAGGGAAUACACGGGUUCGGAAGAAAUCCUCGUCCAAAUUUGAGUAGGCUACUUGAGAGAGACAAGAAGGAGCGUAGGCUACACAAUGCCACUUGCUCAACUGGCAGAACCAUGGCCCAAAAUGGAGCUGGUGCAGUUGGAGACGGAGAAUGGGCAGAGCACCACUGAGGAUGGGGUCACUUCAGCUGUUAAGCAGUACAAGUCACAGAUCACCUGGGUAGAGAAAGAGUUUGCUGAUAUCAAUGUGAAGGAGGAUGGUGACAUCAAGGAGAUCAACAUCACACAUGUUGUUAAGGAGGGGGCGGAGAAAGCAGACCCCUCACAGUUUGAGCUGCUUAAAGUGCUGGGGCAGGGCUCAUUUGGAAAGGUGUUUUUAGUACGAAAGGUAACCCCUCCUGACAAUAACCAGCUCUAUGCCAUGAAGGUCCUGAGAAAGGCCACACUCAAAGUGAGGGAUCGUGUGAGGACUAAAAUGGAGAGAGACAUCCUGGCAGACGUCAACCAUCCGUUUGUGGUUAAACUCCAUUAUGCUUUUCAGACGGAGGGUAAACUCUAUCUGAUUCUGGACUUCCUCAGAGGAGGAGAUCUGUUCACCAGGCUGUCAAAAGAGGUGAUGUUUACAGAAGAAGAUGUGAAGUUUUAUCUGGCUGAACUGGCAUUGGGUCUAGAUCACCUGCACGGUCUCGGCAUCAUCUACAGAGAUCUCAAACCUGAGAACAUCCUCCUGGAUGAAGAGGGACAUAUCAAACUCACAGAUUUUGGACUGUGUAAGGAGGCUAUCGACUAUGAGAAGAAGGCUUACUCCUUCUGCGGGACGGUGGAGUACAUGGCUCCAGAGGUGGUUAACCGGCAGGGUCACACCCACAGUGCUGACUGGUGGUCAUUUGGGGUACUGAUGUUUGAGAUGCUUACGGGUUCUCUGCCAUUCCAGGGAAAGGACAGAAAAGAAACAAUGAAUCUCAUCCUGAAAGCGAGGUUGGGGAUGCCUCAGUUCCUGAGCGCUGAGGCUCAGAACUUACUGAGAGCCCUAUUCAAGAGGAACCCCACCAACAGACUGGGAUCUGGACCAGAUGGAGCUGAGGAAAUCAAACGGCAUUCAUUCUUCAUGACGAUUGAUUGGAAUAAACUAUUUAGACGAGAAAUAAAACCUCCAUUCAAGCCAGCAGUGGCCAGACCUGACGACACCUUUUACUUUGACUCGGAGUUCACUUCUCGUACCCCCAAAGAUUCCCCAGGGGUUCCCCCCAGCGCAGGGGCUCAUCAGCUCUUCCGGGGCUUCAGCUUUGUUGCCACGGCGAUGCUAGAGGAGGAGGGCAAAGAAGAGCCAUCUCAGCCCCCUCCACACCCUGUAGUACAGCAGCAGCUUCACGGUAAGAACAUCUUGUUCAGUGAUGGUUACAUACUGAAGGAGGACAUCGGCAUGGGCUCUUUCUCUGUCUGCAAACGCUGCAUACACAAAGCAACCAACACAGAGUAUGCAGUGAAGGUGAUUGAUAAAACAAACACUGACCCGUCAGAAGAGAUUGAGAUCCUGCUGAGAUACGGCCAGCACCCCAACAUCAUCACUCUCAAAGAUGUGUAUGAUAAUGGGAAGCAGGUGUACCUGGUCACUGAGCUGAUGCGAGGAGGUGAACUGCUGGACAGAAUCCUCAAGCAGAAGUUUUUCUCAGAGAGAGAGGCUAGUGCUGUGCUGCACACUAUCACAAAGACUGUGGAAUACCUGCACUCUCAAGGGGUUGUGCACCGGGACCUGAAGCCCAGUAAUAUUCUGUAUGUCGAUGAGUCUGGAAAUCCAGAAUCUCUACGCAUCUGUGAUUUUGGGUUUGCCAAGCAGCUCCGGGCAGACAAUGGCCUUCUCAUGACACCCUGCUAUACUGCCAACUUUGUAGCACCCGAGGUACUGAAAAGACAGGGCUAUGAUGAGGGCUGUGACAUUUGGAGUCUUGGAGUAUUACUAUACACUAUGAUUGCUGGUUUUACACCAUUUGCCAAUGGACCAGAAGACACUCCAGAAGAAAUUCUGAGUCGGAUAGGGAGCGGACACUUUACUCUGACGGGAGGCAACUGGGACGCAGUGUCUGAUGCUGCCAAAGAUUUGGUCUCUAAGAUGCUCCAUGUGGACCCUCACCAGCGGCUCACAGCCAAGCAGGUCCUGAAGCAUCCGUGGAUCAUUCAGAGAGACAAACUUCCCAACAGCCAGCUACAACAUCAAGAUGCCAAGCUUGUCAAGGGGGCGAUGGCUGCCACAUACUCGGCACUGAAGAGUUCCCAACCACCCCCUGAGCUGAAGUCCAUCGAGUCCUCAUUCCUGGCACAGAGACGGGUGAAAAAGCUUCCUUCCACAUCUCUGUAGAGAACGAGGGAAGGAGAAGGACUCCAGACUGAAUGUAGUUGUGGAAAGGAUCGAUGGAUGAAAGACCACACUGAAGCUCUACGGACUAAAGACGGUCUCUUGAACCUGCCCAUGACAUCAGCACUGCAGUGGAGCUCUCAAGCAUGCUAGGCAAGGGAGGUGAUUGGCUGAUGAAGUUUGAGGGGCGUGGCCAGUGAGGGUUCCGUUCUCCCUUAGAAGUAGGGGGGUGUGUUUGUCACUGUGUGUGUGUGUGUGUGUGUGUGUGUGUGUGUGAGUGUGUGAAAGAGAUUAAAAAAAAAACGGGUAACGGAUACUGUUAUGAAAUAGAUGAUAUUCCCAGUGCAUUUAUGUCUUGGUACUGUAACACCUAAAUAUCAACACUGCUGAGGUUUGGAUUUUUUUUUUUUAUUCUCAGUUUUUGUUUGUUUUGCUUUUUGUUUAUUUUUUUAUCUCUAUAGUAUGUUCAACUGGAUUUUCAUGUUGAUUUGCAUAAGAUCUGUCUGUUCUUGGAAGCCUUUCAGCUGUUCUGCUUUCCAAUUGUCCAGUAGUUCUCUCUUAGUCCGUCUCUUCCUAAAAGCUCAAAGUGGCCUUUAGGAGAAACAGAGACACUCCGAUAUAAUAUUUCACACACAUGGAUGAGUAAAGGUUAAAUAUAUCUUCCACAAGGAUCCAUUGAGCAUGUUCACAUGACUAUCAACCUAAACAGAAUGGAAGUGUUUUCUGCAUGGAUUUGUACAAUGCUGUCUUGUUUCUUUCUUGUUUUCCCCAACUCGGCACUUUUGCUUGGUGAAUCUGUCAGCACUGGUGAGGACUGUUCAGAAAUCGUCUUUUUGUGUGUUUAUUAAACAAAGUAAAGAAUGAAAAAAGUGUGUAUGUGAGAUGACAUCUGAAGCUUGUGGCAUGGAAAAAUGUUGCUCUUGUUAGACCAGUGCUUUUUCUGGAUAUUGACUGCUGUCUGCUGUGUUUUGAUUUUGUUGUUGUUGUUUUGCUUAAAGAGAAGUUCUUUUAUAAAGGCACAUUGAGCACAAAAGUGUAUAAAUAUGACUGCUGAGGAAAUGAUUUAUUGAUUUGUGUAUAUUUUUACCUUGUCUGUCCUAUUCCUUGCGUUCAGGUGCCCAGUGUGGUGGAACUAUCAACUGUAUUGUGCUCAGGCUGUUCUUAGCAUUGCCUUGCAAAUUCAUGAAGCCUUGUCUUGCUCAAGUAUUGCACCCUUUACCAGUCAAACACAUCUUCAAAGUUUUAGGAUGUGCUUGCAGUAUUGUUUUGCAUUCCCCUUUUCCAGAAUUCUUGGAAGUAUUAAGAAUUGUAAAAAAAAAA